AUGUGGAGAAACGUGCUGGCGAAGGAACUGAAGUUUGAGCAGCCAAAUAUGGCCUCGAAGAAACUGAUUCUCUCAGUUUUGAAUUCUACGGCUACAAAGAGAGAAGUCAGGGACUAUUUGAAGAAAUAUAAUAAUGAGCCGGUUAUAGUGAACCACUGCUUACUCUUUAUCCGUGGGUUGCACAGUAUCAAUGAAUUGACAGCAAGGAAACUCUCAGGUUCUAUCAAGAGAUUGAGAAUGCUAGGGUUACGACCCAUAUGUGUAAUACCUCCUACCCCAUUUAUGGAUAAAGAGGCGGAAAUGUUAGACUCUAUGGUUACGUCUGCAUCCUUAAAGCCUUUACAUUUAAGGGAAGCCCUUACGAAAACAUCGUCAGGCACUUAUAAAUCAAUCAUAUCCUCCAAUUCUAGAUUGUUCGAUGAUACUAUAGCGGGAAUGGUUCCUAUCAUUAAACCUUACGUUUAUAACGAAUGUGAUGCUUCCGAAUAUCUAUCAAAGGAUAUUGUUAAAUUCAUGUCCCAUUUUAGUAAGGAUUCAAGCCUACUAAUCGAUAAAUUCUUUAUAUUGAACACAAUUGGUGGUACACCUUCACUCGAGAGAAACGAUAAUGCUCAUGUUUUCAUCAAUCUAUCACAAGAAUUUGGGACUUUGAAGAAAAAUCUUACUGAUCAAUUAUAUAACUUACAACUAAGACAACCAGAUUCUAGUAAUUUAGUGGAUCGUAUGCGAUUACAUAUAUAUGAUGAUAUGAUUACACAUAAGGAGGAAGAACUAAAGGAACAUAUAGAAGAUAUGGAACUAAUGAAUAAUGUCUUGUCGAAUCUAUCAACAGGUUCGACGGGUCUGGUAACAACCAUUAAAUCUGCCAGUGUAUUUAAAGAUACCAAAAACCCUCUCCUUUAUAAUCUACUCACAGAUAGAUCUUUGAUAUCAUCAUCGUUACCACGAUUCAAAAAUAAUAAACAAAUUAAAGUACAAACAGCGAUCCUAGAUGAGCACGAAGAACAACAUGAACCAAACUUCAGUAAUUUCCCCAACAAACUUAAGGAUGCUGUUUUCGAUACAACUGUAUUCAAGAAAGGUGUCGAUAUAAAGAUAUUCAAUUCAAAAUCACUGAAUCAAAAUAAUAGUGUUGGAUUACCAAAUGAGUUUAUAGACAAGGAUACCAACUUAAGUACUUAUACUGGCCUGAAAUUAGAUCUGACUAAAAUGAAAAACAUUUUAGAUAAAAGUUUCAAUAGAUCGUUAGAUCUAUCGCAUUAUCUACGUAGAAUUAAUAAUAAUAUCGCAUCGGUGAUCAUUAUAGGAGAUUAUGAAGGUAUAGCAAUCUUAACUUACGAGGGUCCUACCGAAAAACCCUUUGUUUAUUUAGAUAAAUUUGCAGUAUUACCUCAGCUAAAGGGAUCCCUAGGUAUUUCUGAUAUAAUAUUCAACUUAAUGUUUAAACAAUUUCCGAAGGAGGUUUUAUGGAGAAGUAGAAAAGAUAAUGUUGUAAAUAAAUGGUACUUUCAAAGGAGCGUUUCUGUAGUAGAUCUAUCGAGUGAUCUUGGUGGAAAUGAUCAAGUGAAUAGCAAUUUCAAGAUGUUUUAUUACGGUGACGAUAAUUCAGAUUUGGAAAGUUUUGGGAAUAAAGAUAUAUUACAAAAAAGAUUAACAGAAUUUGCAAAAUAUAUUCGAGAUAUAAAACCAAGUUGGGAAAAAUAA